AUGAAGAUGAAGAAAGAAGAGCUCGGUGCCAGUGACUCACUCAACCUGGGUGUGAUGUGUGCACUCUGUGCUCGGCCCAUCACAACCUCCUUGAGUGAGCGACUGUGGCUGAGUCUGUCGCAAGUCCGCCGACCAUCGCAACUGGAUCCUCAUGGUACAAGAAGUGUUCUGGCUCGAGCACUCGACAUCUGGGAACAAGCCUCCAGGCUCACCUUCACGGAGAUCAAUUCAGAUGAAGCUGACAUCGUCGUUUCCUUCGCCAAACGCUACCACGAUGACGCGUAUCCCUUCGACGGCCGUGGCUCGGUGUUGGCUCACGCCUUCUUCCCCGGAACUGGUAGAGGUGGUGAUGCUCACUUUGAUGACGACGAACUGUGGCUCUUGAGACCGAACAACGACGAUGAGGAAGGUACGUCGCUGUUUGCGGUGGCCGUUCACGAAUUCGGACACUCGUUGGGCUUGAGCCACAGUUCCGUCAAAGGCGCACUCAUGUUCCCCUGGUACCAAGGCUUCCAACCAAACUUCGUUUUACCCGAAGACGAUAGGAAUGGUAUUCAACAGAUGUAUGGUCCGAAGGUAAAGAAGACUUGGGCGAAGAUACCUUAUUAUAGACCAGCUGAAACGCCACCGACCACAACAACUACUACCACCACCACCACAACGACAACUAGACGACCAUACAUUCAUCAACACCACCCAGAAAGACAUCCGAACCAUCGUCCUUACACACCAUAUCCACGCCCUCCAAAUAGAAAUCCAGUAUACUACCCCGAACGUCCCACACUACCCGACAGACCUCAUCACCCAGAAAGAAACUACCCCGAUCGUAACCCCUACUACCCUGAUCGUCGUCGCUAUAACACUACAGAAGAACAUCCACGAAGAACAAACCACAAUCACUAUCCUCGACCAACAGAGACAACUACACACGCUACUACCUACCGCCCACGUUACCCGCAGUCCCGACCAGAAUAUCCCAGCCAUCCAAGACAGAAUUACCCAACUGACCCCAGUCAAGAUUACCCUAAAAGAAAACCCACUUAUCCAGUUAAAACUACUACCAUCAAACCAACCCCUCCUCCCGACAAACCCGAUACAUGCGACACUAGUUACGACGCUAUAUCACUAAUACGGAAUGAGCUCUUCAUUUUUAAGAAUAAGUAUCAUUGGAGGAUUGGAGCCGACAGACGAUACACGGGCUAUCCAAUCGAGAUUACUAGAAUGUGGACCGGCUUACCAAAGAAUUUAACUCACGUGGACGCUGUUUAUGAAAGACCUGAUCGGAAAAUAGCUUUCUUUAUUGGUAAGCAACUGUACUUGUUUGAUUCACAAUACUUGAUGCCGGGAUAUCCUAAGAACCUCGCUCAACUCGGCUUACCGGAGAGCCUCGAGAAGUUAGACGCGGCCAUGGUGUGGGGCUACAACGGAAAAACUUACUUCUACAGUGGCAGUAUGUACUGGAAAUUCGACGAGGAUUUGGGACGAGUUGAACUCGACUAUCCUCGUGACAUGGCCAUGUGGAAGGGAGUUGGAUACAACAUAGAUAGCGUGUUCCAAUGGAAAGACGGUAAAACAUACUUCUUCAAAGGCAAAGGUUUCUGGAAGUUCAACGAUUUACAUAUGCGAGUCGAGAACGAGCGUCAAACUCCUUCCGCGCCUGUGUGGAUGUCAUGUCCCAUAGAAAGGACGGGAAGACGAGCUCCGUUCAGAGCUUUGCCGGCCCCAGGGUCUACACUACGCUCUCCCAGUCAAGCCACUCAUAACAAACAUAGCCUACUACCAUACCUAGCUUCACUAAUUAUUAUACUAGCCCGCUCUCUAUAG